CGUCGUAAACAAGCAUGUAGAACAUUACCAGUCCUAAACGGUAAUAGCUAGAAACAUGGUUCCAACGCUAAAAUGCUGCUUAGGUGUGAUAUUAGUUUUCAUGCUGGUAUACAGCAUGUUGCGCUUUAAACACGCUUCUUACGUUUGCUGUGUUGAACUUCUUGAACUUCAUUCCCAUCAACUUUGACCACAACUAUGAGGGGAAAAAGCUCAAACAGAUCAUCCAUAUUCGUUCCUGGAACUAAGUCUGAAACUAUCUGUGGAGUACUAACGAGAUCUCCACACUCUUUCGUACUCCAGAUCAUUUUUCCAUCCUUGGGAGCCAGUCCAACGAUUGUAACUUGAACAAUUCCUAUUGAAGCACAUAAUACAUCAAAUGACAAUCACACACAACAAUCACAAUGACCAAUUUGAAGGGCUGCUUCCCUCCACAGUGUCACAGUGUCUUGAGAUCCGUCAUCACAACACACUUCAACGUCUCUGACAGGAACUGGUCCAUCCUUUGUCUCGACAGGCCGCACCACUGUGGUCUUUGAAUAAAGAAAGCAAAUGUCAUACAAACAAACAAAUUGCUGACAUUUAAUACAUAAUUGUAAAAAACAGUAUUAUUUAUACAUGUACAUCGUGUAAUAUGGACAUUCAUGUGUAGUACAUAAUACAUUAUGAUGGGUUUUUAUCAUGACGGACGUAUUGAAGUCAAGAGUCAACAGACUGGACACUGAUGAAUUGACUAUAAUAAUUGUUUUUGGAUCCAAAAACAACAGUUACUCAUUCCUGGGUUAAUGAAUUUUGACUUCAACAUUAAGUUUACAAACAUGCUGUACACAUUGUGUCACACUGUAUUUCCUACACAUCCCACGCAUGCGCCUUGCACGCAUACGCCACUGCAAGUUUGUCUACGACUUUAAACGUUUCUGAUUCGAUGUUACGCUGUGUGCAACAGCAACUGUAAACAAUUUACACACGGUUUCAAAACAUUAUGCGGAAUACGAAUGUUACAGCUGUGACAUGCAGAAAAAAAAAGGUAGCCCGUAUAACAACAUUAACUAUACCUGAAUAAUAAUCAUACAAUUACAGCAUAAUAGCACGUUUCAAAUAGACCACUUACCGGCACAACCCGUCCUUGAACAGUUAUUAUUCUGUUGAGACAGUUUUCACCAUACUGUGACACCACAGCUGAUGGUGGAUUUAUGGUUUCUGUGGCUUUCGUGGCGACAUCCUCAGGCACGUUUACGCUUGAUGUUCUAAACGCCAUUGUGUUGGGUUUCAUGAAAAUUAGUGCGGAGCUGUUAUGCUUUGCUGGUACAAAGCCAUAGUUCCUUAACAGGUAUGUUCUGCCAACUUCCAUGUCGGUUCCUAUUUCCCGUAAUACACCGUCGUCUACGGUAACUUUUAUUGCUUCAGUGUCGUCCGCUAUUCCAUAGUGUAUACUCUUUUUUACUUUCCCCAUGGUCACUUGGUCACUCGUGAAAGUAAACUGAAGACAUUUUGUUACUUCCCUCCGUGCAACACACUUGACCUUUAGAGAUUUCAGAUGUUUAUAUGGUGACGAACCCUUGCUUGUGGUGGCGGGCUUGCUAAGCAGCUCCUUCAAAGACGUGUACUCGCUGAACACCAUUCUUGGUAACUUAACCUUCUUCACCGUGCUUUCACUCUCCUUCUUCUGUAAACAAACAAUCACAUGCCCAUAACGUCACAUCCGGGUACCGUGCUGCUGACUGCCGUGCAGGCGAACAUCAGUCCCCUGAUCCCAAAAGGCGUACUGGCGAUCGCCCCGAUAUGCUGCAGUUUAGCUUACUUGGUAGAGCGGCCGCCUCCCAUGCUGCGCACCCAGGUUCGACACUUGGCCGAGUCUUAUUUGUCAAUGUCUUGCAGUAGUUUAAGCAACAUAACCCUUUUACAUAAGAAACAGUAACAUAAAACGAAAUCCCCAUGUGCUACUACUACAGAGGAUGUCAUGGCUAAUUUCAUUAAAAUGUCAAUAUCUCAUAAACUAUUUUUGUCCCGCUAUUACUGUUCAUGCUCACACAUAUCAUAGAUUAUUUGAUAUACAUUUUGUUUUUUAAUUCAUAAUACAUAAACUUCAGACUCAUGCUGUAUGUGUUACUUGGUCAGCUGUUAUAGAGGAAAAUGUUUUUUUCUUCAGGUCUUGCAUCUUGAAAGUGUUGCUACCCUUCAAGUCUUACUUUACAGACACAUACAAUAGCUGACACUUUUUAGCCGUUUGCCUCUGCUCGUGAUGACAAACACUGUAGGGAUACUCACACAAAUGCUGAUUAAAACACAAAUGUAAUUGUGGAAUUAGCUUGUCUUUUGUCUUGCUCUUAUAAAUAUUUUUUGUAUUUUAACUAAAUUCAUGUAUUAUUUUAUCAUUAUUUUUGAUACAUUAUACUUAUGCACAAUUUGAUUUUACCAUAUGUAUAUUGCAGUCAUUUGCUUUUGAAAUACACAGUACACUGAAAAUAUCCAUAGUAUGUAUUUUAUUAACAUAUAUCAUCAAUUUGAAUACAAGCAUCAUUAAAAACAGCAGUACUGGAUAAAUCAUGCAUAUAUGAUGUAUGCUAUUUUAAGACCUCCAAACUUUAUAAAUAACUACAUAUUCACUAGUAGUAUUAAGAAUCAAUUAUUUGUAUUAAAUCUUAUCUCAAAUGUCAUAUUUUAAUGUCUUCAGAAAGCGAAUUACCGUUUUUUUUUAAAUAAUGACUACGCCAGUAUGUUCUUUCAUUCUAUUGAGUUGAAAUGUUGACUUUCUGAAGGUUCUUGUAGGUAUGUUUCCGAAACGUUUUGAACGUAUCUUUCCGAAAGCUCUUGAACGCAUCUUCCCGAAACUUCUUGAACGCGACAAAAUGUAUUCGACACUAGAGUUUGCCACUAUUGGUAUCUGGUACCAUCACGGAAGCAAGUGAGGAAACCUAAACAGGUAAACUAUGUGAUUUUUAAACAAAAUUAGUUUUAAAACAGUAGUUUUAUAAUGUUAUGUGUUCUGAAUGCAUAAACAUGUAAUGACAACACAUCCAGGUGUCUACUGGUUAUAGUUAAGGUUAAUUUUAGAUUUGUGUAUUCAUGAAUGAGGUAUCCACAAAUGAUAACGUUUUUGUUUGUUAAACUUUACACGAUUAACUCCCUUAUGUUUGUCCAUAGGUAUACAUCAUUAUGGUUGGGCAUAACAUUAUUUCUAUUAAUGUGUUCACUACGCGUUUUUAGUAGUAAUUCAAUUCAAUUCAAUUUAUUUUGUAUAGCACCUUUUACAAUGAACAUAGUCUCAAAGCAGCUUUACAAAAGAAGAAAACAGAGAAAGGGGAGGGGAAAAUGAAAAAUAAUAAUAAAAAAAUAAAAAAUAACUAAUUAACUAGAAAUAAGAAUAAAUUAUUAAAUUCUAUAAUUAGACUAUUUUAUCCCUAAUGAGCAAGCCUUUGGCAACGGUGGCAAGGAAAAACUCCCUGGGAUGGAAAGGAAGAAACCUUGAGAGGAACCAGGCUCAGAAGGGAACCCAUCCUCAUUUGGGUGACACUAAACAGUAAAUAAUGUAACUGAAACUGAUUAAUGUCCUUUUUACAACAGCAAUCAAUGACCCAUGAGGAACUAUUAGGUCAUUGUAGUUUCUAAGGUCAUUAUAAACACUAGUUCUUUGCUGUCACAAGCUGACAGAUGUAAUGGCAGAUCUGUGAUGGUGUGGAUGUCCCCAAGUGUCUCUGUCCAUGGCUGUCUCCUGGUCCACACAGAUCCAGCCACAGCAUCAGUGGGCACCACCAAGUGACCAGACUCCGACCAGGGGUAGGGCAGUGGUCACACUGGAAACUGGCAAACACUGGGAGCUCAGGAGUGGGGUGUAUAGCUCCACAGAGAAGGUAGAGAGAGAAAGAGAAAGAUAUUAAGUUUCUGAUCAUGUGAUGCUUAAAGACAGUGUAGAAUUAUGUGUAAAGUGCAGGCAGGGACUCCGGCAAGACUAGCUAUGACAUCAUAACUAAAAGGGAGAGCCAGAAGGUCACAAACAUGAAGGCUUCCCAGGACAUAAAGCAUCCAACCACUUCACAGUCAGUGACCUGAGCGACUUGCGAGGGUGGUAAGAUGACAGCAUCCAACACAUCCCAGUACACCAAACACUCUAUGACCAUGAACCUUCCAGAUCUGCUCCUUUACCUAAGAAAACUAUAUAUUAAAAGCUUGACUAAACAAAUGUGUCUUCAGCCUAGACUUAAACAUUGAGACUGUGUCUGAAUCCCCAACACUAAUUGGAAGGCUGUUCCAUAACUGUGGGGCUUUGAAAGAGAAAGCUCCGCCCCCUGCUGUAGCCUUUGCUACUUGAGGUACUACCAAGUAACCAGCACCCUUUGAUCGGAGUAGGCGUGGCGUAUCAUAAAAGACUAAAAGAUCGCUCAGGUACUGUGGCGCGAGACCAUUUACUGCUUUAUAGGUCAGUAACAGUAUUUUAUAAUCAAUGUGAAAUUUGACUGGGAGCCAAUGUAGUGUGGCUAAAAUAGGAGUGAUGUGUUCAUAUCUUCUGGUUCUAGUUAGGACUCUAGUUGCUGCAUUCUGGACUAACUGGAGCUUGUGUAUGCUCCUACUGGAACAUCCAGACAGUAAGACAUUACAAUAAUCCAACCUAGAGGUAACAAAAGCAUGAACAAGACAAGAUGAAACCAAAAGACCAUCCACCAUUACUCUGUAAUCAGAAAGCUCACUUCUAACUGCCUGUGGUCCUAGUACAAGCACCUCUGUCUUGUCCGAAUUAAGGAAGUUAGAGGCCAUCCAAUGUCUAAUGUCCUUUACACAUUCUUCUAUCUUAAUAAGCUGGUGUCUCUCAUCUGAUUUAACUGAAACAUAUAGCUGUGUGUCAUCGGCAUAACCAUGGAAGCUAAUACCAUGUUUACGAAUAAUUGCACCAAGGGGUAACGUAUAGGGAGAAAAGCAGUGAGCCUAAGACAGAACCUUGUGGAACACCGAACAUAACCUUGGUAUGCAUGGAGAAGUCACCAUCUAGAUCUACAAACUGAUAACGGUCAGUCAAAUAAGAACUGAGCCAGGAGAGGGCUGUUCCUUUAACACCAACAACAUGUUCUAGUGUAUCAAGUAGAACAGUGUGGUCAAUGGUGUCAAAAGCUGCACUAAGAUCGAGUAACACCAGUAAGGAGACACAACCCUGAUCAGAAGCCAGUAACAGGUCAUUGACCACUUUAACCAGUGCUGUCUCUGUGCUAUGAUGAGGUCUAAAUCCUGACUGAUACAUUUCAUAAAUGUUAUUUCUAUGCAGGUCUGAACAUAACUGCUGUGCUACAGCCUUUUCUAGGAUCUUUGAGAUAAAGGGCAGGUUUGAUAUCGUUAUAUAGUUAGACAGCUGACAGGGGUCGAGGUCCGGUUUUUUAAUCAAGGGUUUGAUAUCUGCUAGCUUAAAAGAUUUAGGCACAUAGCCAGUGCUUGGAGAAGAAUUAAUUACUUUUAGAAGGGGUUCAGUAGCUACUGGUAAUAUCUGUUUAAGGAAAGAUGUGGGUAAAGGAUCUAGGAUGCAGGUAGAAGAUUUUGAAGAAGAAAUUAGUGAAAUUAGAUCAGGCUCUUGAAGUGGAGUGAAGCACUCUAAGCUCUGAUCAGAAAUAGCUAUAUUAUCUUGUUACGGCCCAAGGUUGUGCCGGUGUUCUUUUCUCUUUCUAUCUCUUCCUGCUCUCACCGCCUCUUAGGUUCCCCACCCCCUUGGAAUCCCAUUCGUCAGCGGAGACAUCUAUCAUCAUUAACCUGUGUGACGUCACCGCGUUCGCUGCCAAUCCCUGAGAUCCGCGUCAGUUUAAAAGAGACGCUCACUCUCUUCUCUCUUGUUUUUCUUUGCUCUCUCCCUUGCCUACCUCACUUCACUUCACUCUGAUCUACCGCUGGGAAAAGAGGAUAGAAAGUUACUGGUAACUGAUUGUGCUACACGUAGGAAAGUGAUUUUGUAUAGAGACACUAGUAUAGGAGCAAGCGCCACUUCCUGUAUGUUUUGUUUGGGUUAGUUAGAGUAGUUUAGAUAGGGCGUGGAAACGCCGAAGACCUUUUCUUUUCCCUUUUAUUUUCCUAGAUAGAUCAGAGGAUUGUGGCGAGUUAGUUUUGUUUUGUUAUAUUUCUUUCUUUCAUUUGGCGCCGCUGUGGAUCCUCUCAUUUCCCUUCUGGUUGGAAGAUAAAUUAUUGUAGAUCUAUCUAUUCAUGUUUUUUUUUUGUUCUGAUUCUGCCGUAAACAAUAAAAAAACUCUUUUUAUCCUUGCAAUACGGUGAUUCGGCUGUCAAUUGCUACCAACCUCACUUAAAUGUGUCACCACUUAAAUGUUACUCCUGGUACCCUUAGACCUACCAUCUUGAGGUCGUAACAUUUAAUGGGGGCUCAUCCGGGAUCAUCAAUUUCGUGAUACCUGGAAUGGUGAUCAUUUUUGUGUAUGUUGGUGGCAAUUGACGUUGGUGCGUAAAGUGCGCGUGUAUGCGGUAGGGAUCUUGUGCCUAGCUAACUCUUCUUUGUGAUGGAGGCUUUCAGUUUGCAGGACUUUGUUCUAAACCCGACACUAGAACAACUGAAUAUUUGUAGGAAGCAGGAUUUAUUAAUGGUAGCUGACCAUUAUCAGAUUGUAGUGAAUAAACAAAGUCGCAAGGCAGAAAUAAAGGACAGAAUAUUGUUGCGUUUGCAUGAGAAGAAUAUUCUUCCUUCGUCAAGUGCUGGGGAUGAGACUGCUGAAAAUGUUGGCCCUGAGGACGGUGCUAUAGCGAAUCCCAGUCACGGGACUGAGGAGGAUUUGUUGAGUGGUCAGGCUAGUGCUGACGCGGAGGCGAAGGCGAAGGCUGGCUUGCCCCUCUUUGAUCCGCUCUCUCCGAUUUCCUCUAGUUCCAGAGGGGACGCGCGACUGAAAGUCCGCUUAGCCCGUUUGCAAUAUGAGGCACAGGAGAAAGCGCAAGCACGUCAGGCUGAAUUAAAUAUGAGGUUGGAGAUACGUAAACUCGAGAUUGAGGCUGAAAAAGAGGUCAAACUGCGACAACUAGAUCUGGAGGCAUUGAGGGUUACUUCCAGUUCAGCCGCGCAGCUGAGCCCAGCUCUUGCCUCUGAUGUUUCUCCACCCAUUGAUCCAUCCCAGAGCAUGUUUGACAUUAGUAAGCACAUUGCCUUAUUACCUCAAUUCAGAGAAUCUGAAGUAGACUCCUACUUUUGUGCAUUUGAACGAAUAGCCACUUCCCUCCGUUGGCCCAAGGAAGUUUGGUCGUUACUUUUGCAAUGCAAGUUAUUUGGUAAGGCUCAGGAAGUUUGUUCCACUUUGUCGGUAGAGGACAGCUUGAAUUAUGAGAGUGUCAAGUCUGCCAUUCUCCUAUCUUAUGAGCUUGUUCCGGAAGCUUAUAGGCAGCGAUUCAGAGGACAUAAGAAAAAUUCUACCCAGACGUUUGUGGAAUUUGAGAGGGAGAAAGGAAUUUUAUUCGAUAAGUGGUGCACAGCUAGUAAGAUGACUGACUUUAACUCACUACGGGAGCUGAUGUUACUGGAGGACUUUAAAAGUUGCUUGCCAGAGCGAGUUGUUGUUUACCUUAACGAACAGAAGGUAUCCUCAUUGUCGCACGCAGCUGUUCUAGCGGACGAAUUUGUGUUAACGCACAAGAACGUCUUUACACCUACACGCUUAGAGAAAACCCAAUCUGCACCUUAUGCACAAGCAAAUCGUUCCAAAUCCACUCCAGCUCGAGAGGAACGCGAGUGCUUUUACUGUCAUAAAAAGGGUCAUGUCAUUGCUGAUUGUUCAGUUUUAAAAAGAAAACAACACCCACAAGCGAAAAGCGUAGGUUUUUUAAAAACUCAAACUACUGUUAACACAGCUGAUAAAAGAAUCGAUGACAGCUAUCGACCUUUUAUUCUGGCAGGGUUAAUUUCCUUAUCUGGAAGUCCCGAGGAUCAGAUAAAGGUAAAGAUGCUUCGAGACACUGGUGCUAUGCAAUCCUUUAUUGUUGCAGAUAAAUUGCAGUUGUCGGAUGACACUUUCUGCGGUUCUAGUGUAAUUGUACAAGGCAUUGAGAUGAGUUGCAUCAAGGCGCCGUUACAUUGCAUACAUCUCCAGAGUGAUCUGUGUACAGGAUUUGUGAGAGUGGCUGUGCGUCCGUCACUUCCUGUGAAGGGCGUUGACUUCAUCCUUGGAAAUGACCUGGCAGGAGGAAAGGUAAUGCCUGUGUUAGAGGUUGUUGAUAAACCAAAUUUAUACUGUCAUUCGGAUUUGUCUGACACUCACUCUAAUGUUUUCCCCGCGUGUGCAGUUACUCGCGCUCAGGCGUGCAAGUUUGGUGAUGUAGUUGAGUUGUCUAAUUCAUUCUUCUCUCCGCUCCUUGCUGGUCAGAAACCUGUUAAUAAUGAGAUGUCUUUAGAAAAGCAAGUAGUUACAGAGAGCCCUGUUAAUGUGGCUGAGAGCGACAUGUUACAGUUACCUGUGUCAUGA